CGCAGUCUCUGGUCAUCUCCUGUACUAUGUCCACAGUCUCUGGUCAUCUCCUGUACUAUGUCCGCAGUCUCUGGUCAUCUCCUGUACUAUGUCUGCAGUCUCUGAUUAUCUCUUGUACUAUGUCCGCAGUCUCUGGUCAUCUCCUGUACUGUGUCUGCAGUCUCUGAUCAUCUCCUGUACUAUGUCCACAGUCUCUGGUCAUCUCCUGUACUAUGUCCGCAUCUCUGGUCAUCUCCUGUACUAUGUCCACAGUCUCUGGUCAUCUCCUGUACUAUGUCCGCAGUCUCUGGUCAUCUCCUGUACUGUGUCUGCAGUCUCU